AUGCUCCGCAAAUUGUUCUUCCGCAAGCCUCCAGAUGGCCUCCUUGAGAUCUGCGAGAGAGUUUACGUUUUUGAUUACUGCUUCACCACGGAUGCUUGGAAAGAAGAGAAUUACAAAGUGUAUAUGGAUGGGGUAGUUGGUCAACUUAGGGAGGACUUGCCAGAUGCUUCGAUUCUGAUUUUCAAUUUUCGCGAGGAACAUACCCAGAGUCAGAUGGCAAAUAUCAUGUCUGAGUAUGACAUUACUAUCAUGGACUAUCCUCGGCACUACGAAGGUGUUCCCGUGCUUAAAAUGGAGCUCAUCCACCACUUUUUGCGGUCUGGUGAAAGCUGGCUCUCGCUUGGGCAACAGAAUGUGUUGUUGAUGCAUUGUGAGCGUGGUGGUUGGCCUGUUUUGGCUUUUAUGUUGGCUGCAUUGUUGAUUUAUAGAAAGGCUUAUACUGGGGAGCAGAGGACUCUUGAAAUGGUUUACAGACAGGCUCCACACGAGCUUUUGCAUUUGCUGUCACCGUUGAAUCCUAUCCCUUCCCAACUGAGGUAUCUUCUGUAUGUUUCCAGGAGGAAUGUGGCCUUAGAUUGGCCUCCACUGGACCGGGCACUUAUGUUGGACUGCGUCAUUCUCAGACUCUUCCCAAACUUUGACAGUGAAGGUGGUUGUCAUCCCGUGUUUAGAAUUUAUGGACAGGAUCCGGUUAGUGCUGAUAAAAAUCCAAAAAUGUUGUACUCAACGCCAAAGAGAAGCAAAAAUGUCCGGGCCUAUAAGCAGGGAGAGUGUGAACUCAUUAAAAUUGAUAUCAAUUGCCAAAUUCAAGGUGAUGUUGUCAUUGAGACUAUUAACUUUAAUGGUGACAUGAAGUGUGAAAGGAUGAUGUUCCGAGUCAUGUUUAACACAGCCUUUGUGAGAUCUAAUAUUUUGAUGCUUAACCGGGAUGAAGUUGACAUUUUAUGGGAUGCUAAAGAUCACUUUCCAAAAGAUUUUAGAGCUGAGAUCCUUUUCUCAGAGAUGGAUGCUGCUGCAGCAGUUAUUGCCGAUGGUACCUCAUGCUUUGAGGAGAAGGAAGGACUGCCAAUGGAAGCAUUUGCCAAGGUUCAAGAGAUCUUUAACCAUGUAGACUGGAUGAACCCCAAGGCAGAUGCUGCACUAAAUGCUCUCCAACUGAUAAGUUCUUCAACUAUGAAUGACAGGUUGGAUGAAAAAGGUCUUAGAACGCCUCUGAGGAAUUUGAAUGAAGAGGUACAAUCUUCAUUCUCAACCAAGAGAUCCCCACCAGAUGAUAUGAGUAGAAAAGAGGGCAAGACCAACAAGGUCGAGGGUGUUUUGCUACAACCUAGAACAUCUAACACUAUCCUUCAAGAGACAUCCAAAUCUUCUGAAAGGACCAUGGAAUCCAAUAAAUGUCCAAUAGGACCUACAAAUCUUGACAUAAAACUGCGGGCACCCAAUCAUGCCUUAUCUUCUAUUGAUACUUCUUUUUCUCCUCGAACACCGCCUUUGCGGCCUCAAUCCUCUGGUGCUAAAGAAGCUCAUGAUUCUCCUCGCCAAUCAGAAUCUCCCCCUUCUUAUGUUCUGCCUUUGCAAUCAAAACACCAAUCACAAGACAAAAAUCAUUUAAAUCAGUCACCAAUUGACACCAGUUCCCAUCUUUCAGCUUCAACAAUUACUUCAAUUCAGUCAACUCCUUCACCUUCUUCCAAAAAUGUGAAUGAGAUUCCUCCUAUUAGAACAAGACUGGAGUCUUCUAGUGCUAAAGAAGCUCAUGAUUCUCCUCGUCAAUCAAAAUCUCCCCCUUCUUAUGUUUUGCCUUUGCAAUCAAAACAACAAUCACAAGACAAAAGUCAUUCAACUCAGUCAUCAGCUGACACCAUUUCCCAUCUUUCAGCUUCAACAAUUACUUCAACUCAGUCAUCGCCUUCACUUUCUUCCAAAAAUGUGACGGAGAUUCCUCCUAUUAGUACAAGACUGGAGUCUUCCCCUUCACAACCUCCAACUCCACCUCCUCCUCCUCCCACUCCUCCACUAAAUGAUCAUAGACAAGUUCGAGUUAAACCUCCUCCUCCAAAGGAAGAACUACAUGUUAAAGUUGAACCCUUCCCUCCUCCUUUAUCACAUAUAAAUGUGGAACCACAGGUUAGGGAUGGACCCUCUCCUCCCCCUUCUCUAAAAGAAGAGCUACAAGGUUCUACUAUAAUACCAACUCCACCUCCACCACCACUUUCAAACGCAGCACUUAACUCAAAUGACACUAAUUCAUCAUUGCAAAAAUCUUCAGCUUCUCCACCUCCUCUUGCAGCACCUGCUCCCCCCCCUUCUCUUGUAGUAUCUGCUCCUCCCCCUCCUCCUGCAGCACCAGCUCCUCCCGCUCCUCCUACAGCACCGGCUCCUCCCCCUCCUCCUACAGCACCAGCUGCUCCCCCUCCUCCUGGAGCACCAACUCCUCCCCCUCCUCCAAUUCCCUCUGGUAAAGGAGGUCUAAAACCAGACAGUUCUUUUCCAGGGUCUCUUUCUGUGAAUGCUGAUGGAAAUAAUGUGUCAGGCACAACAGGACCUCAAUCUAGCUUAAAGGGACGAAGUUUAUCACGUACAAUUAACUCAAAGAAUAACACAAAAAAGUUGAAGCCAUUGCAUUGGUUGAAACUAUCUAGAGCUGUGCAAGGAAGUUUGUGGGCUGAGACACAAAAAUCUGGUGAAGCUUCCAAGGCCCCAGAGAUUGAUAUUUCAGAGCUUGAGCAUCUCUUCUCAGCAGCAGUCCCAAGUCCAGGACUUGCCAAAAAGUCAAAUGUCCAAAGCUCAGCUGGGCCUAAAUCUGAAAAAGUGCAACUGAUUGAGCAUAGGCGAGCAUAUAAUUGUGAAAUCAUGCUUUCACAAGUCAAAGUGCCAUUGCAUGAUUUAAUGAGCUCAGUGCUAGCACUGGAAGAGUCAGCAAUGGACACUGAUCAGGUUGAGAAUCUCAUCAAGUUUUGUCCAACAAAAGAGGAGAUGGAAUUACUCAAGGGUUAUAAUGGGGAAAAGGAGAAGUUAGGAAGAUGUGAACAGAUCAGAAAUUCUGUAAAAUUGAAGAGAAUUAUGCAAACAAUACUUUCUUUAGGAAAUGCUUUGAAUCAAGGAACUGCCAGGGGUUCUGCUAUUGGAUUCAGAUUGGAUAGCCUUCUUAAACUCACUGAGACACGUGCACGGGACAAGAAGAUGACUCUCAUGCAUUAUCUUUGUAAGGUGCUAGUUGACAAACUACCGGAAGUUUUAGACUUCUCCAAUGAUCUUUCUGAUCUAGAGCCAGCAGCAAAGGUUUUGGACUUCUCUGAGACUCUUCUAUUCAAGGAGAUGCAAGCUAUAAACAAAGGAUUAGAAAAAGUAGUCGAGGAAUUAUCAACCGCUGAAAAUGAUGGGCCUAUAUCAGAAACUUUCCGCAAGAAAUUGAAAGAGUUCCUUGGUUCUGCUGAAGCUGAAGUGCGUUCAUUGGCUUCACUAUAUUCUAGCGUGGGUAGAAACGUGGAUGCAUUGAUUCUCUAUUUUGGUGAAGAUCCAUCUCGUUGCUCACUUGAGCAAGUUGCGUCAACUUUGCUCAACUUUACCAGGAUGUUCAACAAAGCCCAUGAAGAAAACUGCAAGCAGCUAGAGCUUGAAAUGAAGAAAAUUGAAAAUGAGAAAAAGAAAUUUGAAUCAGAAAGAAUUUUACCUACAGCUAUCCGGACCGGUGAUGUCAAAUAG